ACUCGCAUAAAACCGAAAACUCGAUCUCAAUGCUAAACUGACAGAAUGAUCAGGAACCUAAUCAAAAUAUUCAAGAAUUAAUUACGGUAUUACCAUAAAUUUACUUACCUCACUUGCAUAAAAUCGAAAACUCGAUCUCAAUGCUAAACUGACAGAAUGAUCAGGAACCUAAUCAAAAUAUUCAAGAAUUAAUUACGGUAUUAUCACAAAUUCACUCUGAAAUCAUCAUUAAGACUACCCUUAAUCAUGAUACUAUUUCUAUCAAUCUCCACAUAAUCAAAUAUCUCCAAAUUUGUUCUUAUAUCACAAACUAAACAUUUAAAUCCUCGUUAAUUGUUGGCCAUCGGUGCAUGAACAGUGACUUGUGAACAGUGCUCACGCCGUGAACAGUAACUGCACUUCCAAAAAUUGGCCAAAACACUCGCUAAUUCACGGGAUUUUCUCUCUAAAAAUCACAGCAACCAACUCAAGCAAUUUACACUUAAAUUAAAAAAAAACCCACUUGAAUUAGUGCUUAAAUCUCAUCCUAAAGCUACCAGAAUUAUCCCCUAAUUUAGCAAACAUUUGGACAGCUUAUGGGGUAGUAAAUAAAUGGACAAUUUCAGGCUUAAAUGGCUGUCACAUACCAGAAUUUGCAAGCAAAAACCGGACUGCAGGUUGGGGGAAGGCCGGCGGCAAGUGCAGGGGACUCACGGGCUACCCAAAAUUCAAGAACCAAGAGCAAUUAAGGUAAACCCAAGGCAAUUCAAAGCUAAAGAGAUGGAGUACAUGGCUGUGGAUUUCCGAAAUUUGAAGAAUUUCGCCCCCACAACAAGAGCAGCCGGUGGACAGAGCAAAGCAGAUCCGGAUUUUCUAGCAGGGGGAAGAAUUUCUGGGUUUUACAUGUGUUUUAGAGCAAGAAAAGAAGGAGAAAUCCAAGCUUCUCACUGGUUUUUCAAGAGGAGGCUGUCGGGGGCCUGGGUCUUCUUUGGCUGCAGGGGAAACGGGAAAGAAGAAGAGCAGAAUCGGGUUGAGUAGAAAGAGGAAAAGGAGAAAAAGAAAUAAGCUAUCCUUAUCCAAUUUCUACUCUUUUAAGCCCCUCAACUUUGGAUAUUUUGGCUAUUAAAUCCAAAACAAUAUU